CGUAGGUCUCAUCGCAGUUUAUCACAGCAUUCGAAGAUGAAUACAAAGCUCUUACUAGUAUUCGCUUUCGCGAGUGUAGUUUCCAGUCACGAUAUAUCCAUCGGGUCUGAUGCGGGAGGAAGAAAAAUAUUCGACGAAAUAAGACAGGCGAAUCCUGCGAUUUGGAGGCAAAUUGAAAAUGUUACCAUCAUAGCACCGAACGGUGAAGUUAUCAGCAGAGUCGUUGUUACGGAUAUGAGGCCAGAAAAGGAUGGUGAAGUGCAAAUUGUGGAUGGCGGUGAUGGAAGGAAAAGUGUUACCAUAGAACUUAAAAGUCCAACGGUUUUACGCGGGUAUGAAUUUCACCUCGAAGUAUAUACCGUCCCAGAUACCAAAUUAACUGACGCUGAAGAACAUCUAUAUCUAGAUCCUACGUCGACGACAGAUAAAAUUGAUAUGCCUGACACGAGUGAAGCGACAUCACACGAAGCAGAUGGCAGUGGUGAUGAAGAUAAAACGAAAAUGCUGAGCGAAAUGUCUAGUGAUGCAGACAAAACGACUGAAUUACCUGAAAGCACAACGUACCAAGAUAUUCCUGCAUUGGUAGGAAAGGUGGUAGACGGUGAUAUUUUAAGACCGGCUCGUGAAACGAGUGAUGAAAAUAAUAGUCCUCAAAUAUCUCAAUCUGAGGAAAAUUUAAAUGUACAUCCGUCACUUAUUGGCAGUGAAGAUGAUCUAACAACUACUGAAAAUGUGAGUACAGAAAUAACCACAGAGGCAGACAUGACAACGAAAUUAGACGACAGUGAACAAAUUACAGUUGCACCUGGAUCUUUCGACAACAGUAAAAACAUUCCUGACUAUCCAUCGUUAAGCAUCUUAGAUUAUAUAAAAAGUAAAGAGGGAGCAAGACAGUCUCGUCGCACAGAUGAGACAAAUGACUCGAAUGACGAUGCAACCACAACCGAGAAAAUAGAUGAAAAGACGGAUAGUGUGGAUAUUUCAUACAUGUUACCUACAGAAAAACCUAUUUCACCGUUACUAAAUAAUAAUGACGAUACCGUUGACCUAGUACCUCCUGAAAAAACUGAUUAUAAUACCGGAUUUUCGUCAAAUAACGAAAACACUGAAAUACCCGUCGUCGAAAUUUCAUCAAAUAAUGGACCGAGAGCUGGCCGUGGCUUAGACUUCGAGGAUUCACAAGAGCUAUUUACUCCAACCACAAUGAGUGCUGUUGAAUUAACCACUUCAGUAAUAAAUAAUGAAGAUAGUGAAAAUAGUACAACAGAAGCCACGAUCGAUGAACAAUCAAGAAACGCUCGCGAAACUGACGUUGAUGAAAAUGUUAACGGGCUUGACACUUCAAACCAAAACGAACAAAUACCUUUAUGUAGAGCAGCCAAUGAAAAUGAUAAACCAUCCAAUAAUCUCACUCCUAAUAUGAUAAUAGUUAACGGAGAACAAUUGACUUUGACACCAGAUAGCAAUCAUAAAAUGCAGUUUGGGAUACCGAUCAUUCUCAUCAUCGGGAGCGAUACAAAUAUUCCCACAAUCAAAAUCAUUGCAGAAGGUGCUAGCGAUAAUGAAAAUAAAAAUGUAAACAUGGAACCUCUCGCAGAGAAUCCCAUGGACGAUUACGAAUCAGUACCUGAAGAUAAAUUAAAUUACUCCCAAAAGAGAGAAUUUCCAGAUGAAUUUAUCCCAAAAUCAGUAAUGAGUUUUAAAUAACAUCAUUUAGACUUAUAUUAUUUAUUAUCUUUGUAUUGAGUAUUUUGUGAUAACUUAUUUAUAUUUAGAAUGUUACGAAAUAAAUCAAUUCAUGUUA